AUGUCCCGACAAGAGAAGGAACAGUAUGAUUACUUGUUUAAAUUCAUUAUUAUUGGUGAUGCAGGAGCAGGAAAAUCUUGCUUAUUACACCAAUUUAUAGAAAAUAAAUUCAAAAAAGGUUCAUCCCAUACUAUUGGAGUUGAAUUUGGAUCUAAAAUAAUAACUACAGGUGGUAAAAGAGUGAAACUACAAAUAUGGGAUACAGCUGGACAAGAACGUUAUCGUUCAGUUACAAGAUCUUAUUAUAGAGGUGCUGCAGGUGCAUUAAUAGUAUAUGAUAUUACGAAUAGAGAGACAUACAAUCAUUUAGUUAAUUGGUUGGCUGAUGCUAGAACUCUAGCUCGUGUUGAUAUAUCAAUCAUUGGAGUUGGAAACAAAGUAGAUUUAAAAGACAAAAGACAAGUGACAUUUCUUGAAGCGAGUAGAUGUGCACAAGAAAAUGACAUACUUUUUUUAGAGACAAGUGCACUAACAGGAGAAGGUGUUGAAGAAGUAUUUGUUAAGGUGACAAGGCUUAUAUUGAGCAAAAUUGAAGAUGGUACAAUUGAUCCAAGCACAAUGACUUCAUCUGGUAUACAGUCAUCAACUAGAUCACAAUUGAAUGCCUCAUCCAAUAAUGAUAACACAAAGACAAGUAAAUGCCUUUGUUGA